AUGGGAUAUAUUUGGGAAGGGUCCAUUUCCCUGGAUUCAGACCGGCAACUGCAAGGACUCCGGUUUGUUGAUCCCACAUCACACUGGCAAAGCGAUGUAUCAAAAGAUGCGCAACUCGAACUUCGAAGCUUUGUAAACCCGGCUUUAAUCCCGCUACACGCCCGCGCUGGCCCGAGCCUCGAACUACACUCGAGACACUCGCAGACGUCGCAAUGGCUCCAAAGCAAGCUGACAGGCGCGAUCUGGCUGAACGGGGACAUCCUGGAUCUUCGUCAGUCUCUUCAGUGCCCAGCUGGCCUACUGGUCAGUGUCAACGGAAACACUGUCAGGAAGAGUGGCCCCAUCAUCUCUGAUUUCCUGAUCUACGGCGUAUUAUCCAACGCAACAUCCUGCGCGCGACCACCCACACCUCCGCACUCAUCUCCGUCCGAGGACAACACUGCCACUAAUAACGGCAACAACGCGAAUAACCCUGCACCCAAGCCAUAUGAACUGCGGAUCUAUGCGGCACCUCUCUCAACGAAUCUCCUCACGCAAGCGCAAGCCUUCCCCUCUCCACCUCAAAGUUCUAGCGGAGAACAUGCUUCUGCUCCUGCGGAGUUCCUGCCGGACAUAAGCUCGCCGAGCCCGAAACGAAAACGAGUAGCCACCCUCUUUGAGAGUGCUGCCUUGCACCACCGACGGGUCCGGCAGAGAGGCGGGGAGGCUGUCUCACAAAUGAUGGCACCUUCCCGUCCCUCAUCCUCAUCCCAAAACAUCUCUUCGCUUCGCAUCAAACGGGAGCCCGACGAAGAGCCCCCCGGUCUCCCAUCUCUCGACCGUAUCGCAGCAGGAAGAUCACGCUCAGCCUCGAUCGGUGCCAAUCUUCACCAAGCCCGUCAAGGAAGCGUCCGCGGUACUACCCGCGGCACCACCAGUGCAGCCAUGAACCCUAACGCUGAUCCUCAAAAGCGCGCAACAACCCCGAAUCCGUUCCUCGAAUCGCAAUCUCGAUGUGGAUCCCAUUGCACUACCGCACCUUCUUGCGCAUCUUCGGUGGAAGAGAAAAACAAGCCAGGCACCACCGCGCCAUCCUCCCCGCCCAGGAGCCCAGAGACCAUAAUCGCAGACAACAAAAACAUCAUCACCCGCACCAUCCUCACCUGCAUGCGUCUCUACGGCUUUCACCGCUCAAACACCAAGUCCGAAACACUUCGUGCCGAGACGCCUACUCCAGGUGCUUCGACUGACGAUGACGAGUUCAAGGCCGUGUAUCACGCGACUUACAAAGCGGCUGCAUUUGCACUGCGCAAGUAUGUCAAGGAUCCCGCUGGCGGGUCUGGUUCUUCGCCUAUGCCUCUGGAGAAGGAGAAGGCUAUGACUUGUAUCGAUGAGAUUCUGCGACUUUUCUGCGAGGACCACUGA